GUUGUGUGUGGCGCGACAAACACAAAUCAUAUGACGUGUCAAAGUCUGUUUGCAACAUUCCCUGAUGAUGCACCACGUUUAAAUGUUGGCUUUGCCAGUGAUUUAAUCCAAGUUGCCGGACACGACCAACACCGGGGAUCUCAGUAACAGUUGUUUGGUUCACUGAAAACCAGGUUGUGAUGAGAUGGACCUGGCCUCGUUCUUCACGGCCGUGCAGGAGGGUGACGUGCAGACUGUGCUGAGGGGGCUGGAGGCUGGGGUGGAUGUCAAAGUAAAGAGAGACUGGGGAUGGCGUGACCAGACAUCCCUACAUGUUGCCAGUAGACACGGGCACACGAAGGUGGCAGAGCUCCUGAUACAGAAUGGCGCUGACCUGGAGGUGAGAGACAGGGAAGACCUGACAUCCCUGCAUGUGGCCAGCAAGCACGGACAGACUGAGGUGGUGGAGUUACUGAUCCGACAUGGCGUAGAUCUCGAGGCUAAGGACUAUGAACAGUCCACACCCUUGCAUCUGGCUGCUGCCCGGGGCCACACCGGGACGUGUGAGCUUCUGAUUCGCUCUGGUGCCGAGGUGAUGGCGAAACAUCAGGACCAGCCCACAACCCUGCACCGGGCUGCUACUGGGGGACACGCCGGAACAUGUGAGCUUCUGAUUCGGUAUGGUGCUGACGUGAACGCCGUAGGUGAUGAGGUCCAGUCCACUCCCCUGCAUGAGGCUGCUUACCGGGGCCACACCGGGACCUGCGAGCUUCUGAUUCGUUCCGGUGCGGACGUGAUGGCGAGAGAUCGGCGCCAGUCCACGCCCUUGCACGAGGCUGCUGCCGAGGGCCACACCGGGACUUGUGAGCUUCUCAUUCGGUUUGGUGCUGACGUCACAGCAAGAGAUCAGGACCAGAACACGCCCAUGCAUUGGGCUUCCCACAAAGGCGACUUCGGGACUUCUGAACUCCUUAUCCGCUCCGGAGCGGAAGUUACAGCCAGAAAUAAGGGUGGGAAGACUCCGCUAGAUCGGGCAUAUGGUCAGGAGACCUGGCGUUUCUUAAAGAAUCUUGACAAACAGCUGAAGCAAGAGAAGUCCUACCACGAGUUGAUGCAGAAGUCUGGCGGAGUGAAGGUCAACAGGUUUAAGGUGUUCAUAGGAGGGAAGGAGGAAACUGGGAAGUCCACACUGAAAACAAGUCUAACGAAGGGCCUGCUGUCUGCACUGAUCCAAAGACUCUCCCGAAGGUCAGUGGAAGAACCUCACAACCCGACCCCAGGGGUGGAAAUUGGAACGUUCCAUAUUCCAGGGGUGGGGGAGGUCAGCGUGUGGGACUUUGCUGGGCAGUCGGAGUACGCGGUGACCCACAGUAUGUUCAUGGAUGCAGAGAACACCGUCUUCAUUGUGCUGUACAACAUCAUGGACGACAGUGAGACCCAAGAAAGACAGGUCCACUGGUGGUUGUGUUUCAUCAAGUCCUGCAACCCGAACCGGAAGCCUGACGUCAUCUUGGUGGCCAGCCAUGCGGACCAAGUUGAGCUUACCACAGGGCAACGCCGAGCUGGACGUGUAGUUCAGGCGAUGAAAGAAGAUUUCAGAGACCACCUCCGUAUCGCGGAUGAAGUGAUCCUAAUGGACUGUAGGCAGACUCGGACACCUGAGAUGGACAAACUCAAGAGUCUUCUGGUCAGGAUGAGAGAGUCCUUGCUGCAAAAUCAACGCGACAUGCCCCAGCUGUGCGCGAAGAUCAUGGAGUGCCUGCCUCAGUGGUGUAAGAGUAAAAUCAGCCCUAGAUGCCCCGUUAUGAUGUGGCCUGACUACGUGAGUGAAGUGAAAGCAAUUGACAGGCAUCUGUCUGAGGAGUUCUUAGACAAAUCCACAAGGUUCUUGCACCACUUAGGAGAGGUUCUGUUCAUCACCCCGGCCACCUCUGACCCUAUCCUUGUCCUGAAGCCCAACUGGCUCGGCACAGAUGUCUUCGGCCCAAUCAUGGCCCCGGACAACUUCCCCAUUCCCCACCGACUCAGGACAAGUCGGGACUACGUCACCAGGGAAGAAAUUCAGCGCGUCUUCCAAGACGUUGCUGACGUGGAUCUCGUGAUCGACUUGCUGCAAGAGUUCCAACUCUGCCACUCCAAUAACGGACGAGAGUUCAUCUUCCCAGGGCUGCUGACACAAGCCAUGCCGUCUGACAAGUGGCAACUCACACAAGAGCCAAAGGUGGUCUACUUUGGGAAGCAAGUCCAGUGUGCCGACUCAACCGACAUGUUCUCCUCCGGGUUCUUCCCCCGAGUGCAGACCCGCCUGAUGAGGGAGCUGGAGAAUCCCCCGCUGCUGUGGAGAGAUGGUGUCAAAUGUGCGGACAGGGAUGUGGAAGGUCUGAUCAAACUCUCUCCGGACGGCCGUGCAGUCAACAUUUGUGUCCGGAGUGCGCAGGGUGACAAGGUGCAGUGUGGGAAGAUGCUGCAGCAGCUGGAGAACAUCAUCGCUGAUGUGCUCUUUGAGUGCAGCCCAGGAACAGGUACUGUAGAGAAUGUGCUCAGCGCUCGUGCACUGAAGGAACACAGGGAGGAAUUCUACUCCUACAGCAAGGCGGAGAUCAGCAAGGCAACAACAGAGAGCAGUACUGUCCAUCAUCCCAUCCUCGGGUUCACGGAACAGGUCAGUGACCUGCUGUGUAGAGAGGAGGAGGAUCCGCUCACCAGGUACCGCUCAGAGCUGGUCCAGGCCCUGAGGCACGUGGAGCCAAUCCUGGACCACCUGCUGGCACGUGACAUCCUCACCAUAGAGGAAUGUGACGUCAUCAGGGCCAACAACACGCCCCAGGAUCGUGCACGCGCGCUGCUGGACACCGUGGGGACGAAGGGAGAAGACACGCUUGAGGUGUUCCAGUCAGUCCUGAGGGAGGUUGAGCCCCGUGCAGCAGACUUGUUGAUGUCGUCGAUGAUGUCCACCCAGCGGACCGAUGAGCCACAAGACAGGGAGGAUCAACUGACCAGACAUCGCCCUGAGCUGGUGCGGGCUCUAAGCCACGUGGAACCGCUCCUGGACCACCUGCAGGCACGUGACGUCAUCAGCACAGAGGAAAGUGACAUCAUCAGGACGAAGUCUACGAGCCAGGAACGCGCACGCGCACUGCUGGACACAGUGGGUACAAAAGGAGGAGACGCACGUGAUGUCUUCAGCGCCGUCCUGGAGGAGGUGAACCCGGAAGCGGCGGAAAUAAUGCUGCCCACAUAA